ACCCGACGCGCGACAACCGCAUCUGGAACAGUCGACCAGCCGAUACCGCGAACCGGUACUGGCGGUACUGGUCAGUGUGGAGUCUUGUGAUCGACGGAUUACAACGCUCUCACGAGGCCUCCUUGAUUUCGUUGUAUUCGCCGUCAACCACAAUCGUCGAUUGUUUUAAAAUAAAAACCACUGGCCUUUUUCAACGCCAAACGUUUGUUUUUAUUUUAUUUUCUUUCCUUUAUUUUGUGACAUCAACACCGGCUCAUCACCAACGCGGUACCCACCAGGCACGCGACAAACCGGCUCCCCGGACUGGAAUCACCGAAAAUGGAGAAUGCGGUGCAUUGAUUUUAUUUACCUUGCGGAAAUACGGCGACUACGAAUUCACAAAAUAUUUUUAUUCACUCAGAGCUAGCAAAGUUCAAUAUGAAAACUAAAAAAUGUUUCAAAACUGCUGAAACUGCUCCAUAUCAAAUUUCUAAUCGGACAAGUACGAAAUGGAUGAACAAGCAUGAUCAUAAUUACCAUGCACACAAUUUAAAAAUAGGAACUUCUACUUGUGUAAUUCCUGAAAAUACAAAAUUAUUAAAUACAAAGACAAUUAAACAACUUCAAGAAGACAAGAAGACAAUAAAAAAAAAAUUAAAAAGUUGGUCAUGCAUGAUCUUAGUUAUCAUGCAUACCAUUUAAAAAUAGGAACUUCUACUGGUGUACUUCCUGAUAGUGCCAAAUCAUUAAACACUAAGUAAGUUUGAAAAAUUAAAUGAGGAAGAUAGAAAACAAACAUAUGUAUUUAAUACACACGUUUGUACUGUUCUGAAAAAAUCAUUUAAUGCCUCUGAUUAUCCAGCACACUACACAGAAUCACAGAUAAGACAUAACCAAGUAAAAUGAUGGACUAAAAGAGUAGACACAUUUGAAAAAGAUUUUGUUUUUUUCCAAUAUAUCAAAACAAUCAUUGGUUUAUGGCAGUUAUAUGGUAUCCUUACUUAUCAGAAAGGUGUAAUAAAAUUUUGAGCUUUCCAAUAUCACUAGUGACCAUGAAUAAUAAUAUGGAUUCUGUAGCCCAAAUCAAAUUUAAAAACAUACCAUUUUAUGAAGUUAUCGAUGAAGUCAUUAAACCAACUCUUCUAACUGGCACGAAAAAAUGUACCUUACAAGAUGUUCCUAGAGGUAUGAAAGAAGCUACGUUCAACUUUAAUAUGUCAGACGAGCACGCCCAUCUCGUAGCCGGGAGUCGUUAUUAUUCUCACGGAAAAUAUGAAACUUCUUAUCAGUUUCAAAUUCGAAUGUGUCAGUUAAUAGAGCCUGUACCUAAUGAGUCACCAGACGACAGGCCUCUCAGCCUACAAAUACGAGUUAAUAUGCAAAACUGUCCAUUACCGCCAACUCAACAAGGAUUUGAGCUUAGACGAACUGCAACACCUAUCAAUUGCACUGAAAAUGUAGAACUUUCUUCAAUCGACGGAAAUAACAACAUCGCAAUAUAUUGGACUCCGGAUACAAAAAAAUAUGUUUUUGCAAUGUUUUUUGUAAAAAAAUUAACGGUCGAUACAUUAAUGAAGAAACUCCAAGACCAAGACAGAAUAAGUUCAGAACACACUAAAGAUUAUAUUAUUAAAUCGUAUUCAAAUGUUGAUCAAGAUUUGGCUACAAUAUCUCAUCGUCUUACUUUGGUGUGUCCAUUGGGUCUAGUUAGAAUAAAGAUACCCAUAAAAUCGAUACAUUGUAAUCAUUUACAAUGUUUUGAUGCGAAAACAUUCAUUUUAAUGAAUGAGAAAAAAGAAACUUGGCUGUGUCCAAUAUGUAACAAGCUUUGUUUGUUUGACGAUCUAAAAAUUGAUAGUUACUUUUUAGAAGUUGUCUCAAGUACAACGCUUGACGAGUCAAAUAUUGAAAUUUUGGCUGAUGGCACAUGGAGAGCUGUCGAAGAAACAAUAAACCCUCGUGACGAUGACGAAGCUGGUACCAGUUCUGAACAAGGAGUAGUAAUUGAAAUCGACUGAAAGGCUGAGGCCUCCUAAUUUAUUUUUAUUUUUUAUUUUUCUGUUAAUAUUAUAAGUAAUUUUGAUACUAUAAGCUUUUAAAAUUAAUGUAAUGCAAUCCAUGUAUAAACAAUAUAAUAUUUAAGAUAAAAAUGUUUAAUA